UAAUGCUUUUAAAUGAAUUUGCAUUACAAUAACAUCUUUAUACAGUUGAAAAAUAAUACAUAUUUAUUUAAUCUAUAGUAUAUGUAUGUGUGUGUGAGUGUGUGUGUGUGUUUAUGUAUGAAUUUUCCAGGUCAGUUCAAAAAACAUAUCACCAAGUAUGUGGCACUAUGCUAGUUUUGGAGAUAUAAAGAGACAAGAAUAAGAUGGUUUUUGUCCCCAAGGGGGCUCAUAUUCUACUUCCGUUAAACAGUACAAUAUGAGAGGAAUUACAGAUUAGAGAUUUGAUUUGCUGGCAUAGCACAAAAAUCAGAGCUGUUUGUCUUUUCCUUCUCCAGAUUAUUUUACAAAUGAAGAAAUUGCAGCAAACAGGGUUAAAUGACUUGCUCAGAGUCACACAGCUAGUAAGCCUCUGAGACCAGAUUUGAACUUAGGAAAAUGAGUUUUUAUUACUCCAGGCAUGGAACUGUAUUCACUGUGCCACCUAGCUUUCAUUCUUGCUUACUCCAAAUAUCCUGGGUACAAAAGGCAUAGUACGUAGUUUAAGACCUCUAACUUUGUUUUUACUUUGUAAAUUGUACAGGGUGAAAAUAAAACCAGUAGUAAUGAAUUUGACCUCUUACUAUUUACCUUUUUCUCCAUUAGAACAAUGAAUUGCCCUAGAAACUUGAGGAAAACCUUUCUUUCAUCCUUUAGUGAUGUACUUGAAAAAGAAUCUACCCAUUGUUAAGAGUUUAUAUUAAGGAUUUUUGUCCCAUAUUACAUUGUGAAAUGCAUUUUAACAACACUGUUUUUAACGUCAUUUGUUUUCCUAUAUCGUUGAUCCCUUGUCCUGUUUUAAGAUUUAAGACUGUUGUGAAAUUUUCAAAAGAAAAGCAGUUGCAAGUCACUUUAAUGAUUUAUGAAGAUAAAGCACAAUUAUAUGUUUGUGUUAGGGACCUUACAAGGAGAAAAGAGAAGGAAGUCAAAAUCAAAUUGUUAGAAAACUAAAGACAUCAAGAAUUAUUGAAUAUACACAUAUAACAUAUAUAGCAAUAUAUGUAUAUGUAUGUUACAGUGUAUAUGAGCUAUAUGUAUGUUUAUAUCUUUUUACAUCCACAUAUGAAAUACGCAUAUAUAUGCAAAUAUAUGUGGAUAUGUAUAAUGUGUGUAUCUAUCUAGGUAGAUAUAUAGAUAUAUGAAUAUAUUUUGGUGGGAAGAAAAGGGGAUAGGAAUUCAAAUGGAAUCACUGAUCUUUAGUAUAGGAGUGAGCAUUUGAUCAAAAGGUGAGUUAUCUCUUUUAUAACUCAUUUAUUUUUUAUACUCAUCAAAUUUUUUAUGUUGGUUUUAAAAACUUUUAGUGAGCCAUGAAUGCAAUGUGAUUUAGUAGAUAUAGGUCCAGUGUUGGAAUUAGGUUGACUCGAGUGUACUUCUGACACAUACUUGCAGUUUGGCUAUGAGCAAGUCACAACUCAGGAACUAAAAAAAAAAAAACAAAAAAAAACCUUGAUUUUUAGGCAAAUAGCCCAUUGUUAGAGAAAGUCUUAGAAAGAAGUCUGGAAUUGGAAUCAGAAAAUCUGGAUUUAAGGUAUAGCUCUACUAUUUACUUAACCAUGUGAUCAUAGGGGAGUUAGGGAUUCAGUGUUUUAAUAAUUUGUAAAAAUGGGAAUGAAAAUGCUUGUACCAUCAUCAUUAUAAGACUACUGUGAGGAAAGUGUUCAGUAAAUAAGAAACCUUAGUGUAACUAAAUGUGUAGUGUUAUGUUAGUUUCUAUUGGUGGUUUAAGAUUUUUCUUAUUGUUUUUUGGCCAUUCAUUUUCUGAAAAAACACCACAGUACUAAAGAGGACUUUGAGGUUUAUAGUAUCAUUUUAGCCUAAAUACAGUGAUAGUUGUUCAAAAUUUAUUCUAUGUGAAAUUAAGUUUUCAGGUUUGUUUUCUCUGAUGGAGCCUGAGGGCAGGGUAAGAAUGGAGGAAGGAUUAGACUUGUGCUUUUGUUGAUAAAGGGAACUUCUGGUGAGGAAAUUUUCUUGCAUGUUGCAGAUCGAUUCUGCCAGAUCUACAAUUUAAAAUCUAAGGAGUUAUCUGGGUCACUGAGAAGUUAAAUGAAUAAUCCUGGGUCACAAAGUCAGUAGUACACAGCACACCUUCCUAAUUCCAAGGCCAAGGCUACCCACUGCUAGUAACUCCUCCCAUUGUAACUUCCAGUAUACCCCUAAAAUUACACUGUAAAUUGAAGUAUUAAAAAAAUACAGUGUUUCUUUCUCUUCUCAGUGGACAGUUUGGCGUAAUGAUUCUUUGUUUUUGAACAAAGUUUAUUAAGUGAAGUAUGCACCACAUGAAUUGGAAAUUGAUUUGGGUUUUUUGAUUGUUUUUUUUUUUUUUUUCUAUUUAUUCUUUUCCCCUUUAGGAUCCAAUCUAUACUUCUAGCUGAGUAGAGAACUAUAAUUUUAAAACAAAGUGCCAACUAGGGAUUGUCUUUGGUCCCUGAAAUUUCUAGGCAUCAUUCAAUACUUUUACAUUGACAGUAAAAAUUGUAUUCAAGUUGGAAAAAUGAAGCAGUUGAAAAGAAAAAGGAAAAGCAAUUUUAGUGUUCAAGAAACUCAGACUCUUUUGAAAGAAAUUAGUAAGCGGAAAGAUAUCAUCUUUUCCAAGCAGCUCAAUACAACAAUUAAUGAGAUGAAACGGAAGGCUUGGGAAGAGAUUGCUGAGUGUGUGAAUGCUGUGGGAGAAGGAGAACAAAGAACCGGGACUGAGGUGAAAAGGCGCUACCUUGACUGGCGAGCACUUAUGAAGAGGAAAUGGUUGAAGGCGAACAUAAAGCUAGUGGGCUCUGGCUAUCCCAUUUCAUCACCAGAUUUCAAUGACUCUAUUACCGAAGAGUUGGAUGAAAAGAUUUUAUUUCCAAAUGAGUCAAAUUUGGAUUGGCAAAAUACAGCUGAUUUCAAGGAAGCAGGUGACUCCUUAACAGAUGUCAAAGAGGAAGAAGAAGAAGAGGAAGUGAAGGGUCCACAGCAUUUUGAAUUUGAAAUGGAGGAGGAGGAGGAAGCAAUGUUAUCUUCUGUGGUACCAGAUUCUAAGAGGGAAAACGAGCUUGAUGAUUUCCCCCACAUCAAAGAAUUUGGUACUCUUUCUUCAAUACAGCCUCAAUCUACCUAUGAUGAUUCCUAUUUACUUAUAACCUUGGAGAAACAGAAGCUAGAGAUAGAAAAGCAACGUCUAGAUAUCGAGGCAGAAAGGUUACAGAUAGAAAAAGAACGCCUACAAAUCGAAAAGGAACGGUUAUGGCAUUUAGACAUGGAGCAUGAAAGACUCCAAGUAGAAAAAGAGCGUCUGCAAAUUGAAAGAGAAAAAUUGAGGUUACAGGUUGUCCAUUUGGAGAAACCUGCUUUGGAAAAUGAUCUUGGCCAAGCAGAAAAAAACAUUCUGCAGCCUCUGGAUUUAGAGACUGAGAAAUUGAAACUUGAGAAAGAACGCUUGCAACUGGAAAAAGAUAGGUUGCAGUUUUUGAAGUUUGAAUCUGAGAAGCUUCAGAUUGAAAAGGAACGCUUACAGAUAGAAAAAGAACGGCUUCGUAUUCAGAGGGAGGGACACUUGAAAUGAAUUUUCUAAGUUUCCAUAAAUAACGGAUAGCUUCCUGUAAAAGUUUAUAAGUCAUAGGUAGGAUUUCUCUAAAUCAAGUAGCAACAAGAUAGUUGCUUUUUUUUUUUUUAGCUGUUUUUCUGUCAGUGUAUUUAAAAUUUAAAAAAAAAUGUGGUAGGCAAUAAUUCAUUGUGACUUAAGUAGUACAUAUUUUAUGUGAUAUAGCUUUUUCACGAUAGGAAAAAUGAAUGUGCUAUUCUCUUCCAUUCAGUAAUGUUACAUAGAAUGUUGUGUGAUAUGUGUCCAGGAUUCAUAAGCACCUUCAUGUUUAAGCUAAUUGUAUAAUUUCAAUAUUAUAUUAACUUUGCUCCUAAAACUACAGACAGGUGAAAUAAAUUCACAUUGGUUAUUUAAAUGACCAAAACAUUAAAUAUUAAAUAUGUAGAAAUGCGUAGUUAUCUUAUAGUGUAUUGAAUGAUAAUAAUCCUUUUUCCCUCACACACACUUCAGUUCAUAAACAGCCAUUUAAGACUUAGCAGUUCAGGAAUUGUUAGGGAUUUACCUAAAAUAAAUCAUAUUUGAAGACUGUUCAAUUUAUCCUGAUGACUUUGGAUAUUUUUGUCAGUAUCAAACCUGUGUAGACACAGCUGCAGAAUUAGUCCCCUUUCUUCUUGAGUCCUACAAAAAACUAUCUUCUCUAUGUUAACAAAAAACUUGAACAAGUAAAUGGGUGAGCAUGAUAGAAAUUUUGCAGUUGUACAUGAGUUUAAAUCCUGUGGCAAUUUUUAGGCUUUUAAAAAAUGGAGUUGUGGGGAGGGGCAUACUUUUUAAGACAAAAUGGAUUUCUUCCUUAUGCCCCACUCCAAGGAAUAAUAUUUGUUUCAUCCACUCUAUUGGCACUAGUCACAGAAACUAAGGAUUUAUUUAAAUUGGAGAAAACCCUCUCCUUAAUACUGGAGGUGCUUCCUCCAUGCUCAGGUCAUAAACCCUGCUCCAACCACUGUUGGUGGGUUAGGGUGUAGAGCUAUUGCUUCCUGGGCUGGUUCUGGGAAUUGAAGUCUUCCAUUGAUCAAUUUAGCACCUUUCAUGAGCACUACAUUCACUUUAGAAAAAAAAAAAGGGAGGAGAAGAGAAAAUGGAAACAUCUUUCAACUAGAUCUUUUGUAUUUUCUGUUUUGUACAACUGAAGCCUAGCACUUAAUUCAUCUCACACAUUGAGAGAACUUGACUGGCUGUGUAUUUGCUCCUUAUGAAAUCCAGAGUGGCUUGCUGAUGUGUAAAACUAGAACAUAUGCCAUAGGUUACACAUACAUAGGUUAUAUGUGUACAGGUAUAUUUGUACUUCCUGACUCUGCAAAUAGUGUUAUUUUUCUAUUGUUGAGACAACCACUUCUGCCAUAGAAAUAAAUUUACUUAUACUGA